AUGCUCUCCUCACCCACUGUGAUCCUCCAGCCUUAUGGACUCCCCGUCUACCCACAGGCAACCACAUGCUAUCCCAGCAUAGUUCAGGGGGCCCCCACUCAGGAGGCUGCCCCAGGCAGCGCAGACCCUGCCCUGCCUCAGGUCUAUGCCCCGCCUCCCUCUUACCCCCCACCAGGUCAAGGUCCCCCAACGUCCGCCAGCAGACUGCCAACUCUCGACUUUAGCUCUGCACAUCCGAGCUCAGAGUACCAGGAACAUCCCCAGCUCAGAGUCUAUCAGGGCCCUCAGCACGAUGGGGGCGACUCUCUGACAUCUGGCAACACGGAGGACUCUUUGGUCCCCGUGAACUCUGACCCCCAGUCUCUGAGUGUGUCCGUGUCAUCGGGGGGCGGGGCAGGAAGCGGUAGCGAGGAAGAGGGGUCAGGUAAGACCCAACCGAAACGCCUCCAUGUCUCGAACAUCCCCUUUCGCUUUAGAGACCCAGACCUCCGCCAGAUGUUUGGGCAAUUUGGCAAGAUCCUUGAUGUAGAGAUUAUCUUCAAUGAGAGGGGGUCAAAGGGCUUUGGAUUCGUCACUUUCGAGAAUGCUACCGAGGCUGACAGAGCAAGAGAAAAGCUGAACGGGACAAUCGUGGAAGGGAGGAAGAUCGAGGUUAAUAAUGCCACUGCUCGAGUAGUUACCAAGAAACCCCAAACGCCUCUCGUGAACGGUGAAAUCUCAACUUCCGGUUGGAAGAUCAACCCGGUCAUGGGGGCCAUGUACGCGCCUGAGCUCUAUACAGUUGCCAGUUUUCCGUACCCUGUAGCGACUCCUACGCUGGCCUACCGCGGUUCAGCGCUGCGUGGUCGGGGGCGAGCUGUCUACAACACAAUUCGCUCCACUGCAACCACACCUGCUGCUGUCCCCACCUACCCUGGGGUUGUGUAUCAGGAUGGACUGUAUGGAGCGGAAGUCUAUGGCGGAUACCCUGCAGCAUACAGAGUGGCUCAGUCAGCAUCUGCUGCCACGGCGACCUACAGUGAUGGAUAUGGACGGGUUUAUGCUCCAGAGCCCUAUCACCACUCAGUCGGACCAACAACAUAUGGGGUCGGUACAAUGGCCAGUUUGUACAGAGGAGGAUACAACCGCUUCACCCCCUACUGA